AUGUUUAUACAUGACAAUCAAUCAAAGACUCUAUCUGUACCUGAUUUAUUUCUGUUAUGUGAUACUAAAGGUGUUUUGAUACACAUUCUUAGGUGGAAUUUUUUGCCUCUAUUCCAGAUAAUUUUCUAUGAGGACAGGAACUUCCAGGGUCGCUCUUAUGAGUGCAGUUCUGAUUGUUCUGAGCUAAACUCUUUUUUUAGCCGCUGCAAUUCCAUCCGUGUGGAAAAUGGAAACUGGAUGCUCUAUGAACACCCCAACUACAGGGGAAACCAAUAUUUCCUGAAAAGGGGAGAGUAUCCUGACUUUUCUCACUGGACAAGUCACAAUGACUCCAUUAGAUCUUGCCGUAUCAUUCCACAGCAUCGAGGUACAUUCAGAAUCAGGGUUUACGAGAAGGAAGAUUUUGGAGGCCAUAUGAUGGAAUUCACAGAAGACUGUCCACAUGUCCAUGAGCAAUUCCACUAUAAUGAAAUUCAGUCCUGCAGCAUUCCUGAAGGACAAUGGAUUUUCUAUGAAGAGCCCAACUACAGAGGACGCCAAUAUUAUCUGAGGCCUGGAGAGUACAGGAGGUGUUCUGAUUGGGGUGCAAGCAAUUCUCGAGUUGGAUCCUUCAGGAGAGUUCUGGAUUUCUUUUGA